AUGGCAGGGCUAUUGACGGCCAUCUGGAGAAUGCUCUGCGACGUGCUGCUGUUCUGGCAGACUAGAUUCUUCAGGUGGUUGACGCGCAAAAGGCCUGUGGAGGUGUGGUUCGAUAUUCUUAGGGAUGCUAAAACUUACGAGGAAUGGGAGGAAGCAGCUUUCCAACUCGAUGUCCUCCUAGGCAAUGAUUUAUGGCGGCAGAAUCCAACGUCGAAAUACUACGAUUAUCGACUGAUCCACGAACGUCUCCAAUCGAUUAUAAUUGCACGGGAAGAAGGGAAUAUACUACAGCUGGUCAACCUCCUGCGGUCUGGUCUCGUGCGAAAUUUGGGCAAUAUCUCCGCACCUCGUCUAUAUAAUCGGGCGUUUGCCGGGACAAAACUUUUGAUCGAGGACUAUAUCACACAGGUCGCACAAGCAAUUACGGAAGUUUCAAAGCUGCCUACAUCCCCAGGACCUGAUGGCAACGGUGUCAUACCCGGCUUUAGCAGCCAGUCAAAAUUGGAUCUCUUACACGACACAAGACAAGCUUUUGGGAGAAGCACAUUAGUUCUCCAAGGGGGAGCAAUCUUUGGUCUUUGCCAUCUAGGGGUAGUGAAAGCCCUAUUCGCCCGGGGACUGCUACCAAGGAUCAUUACUGGAACAGCGACAGGGGCACUGAUUGCAGCUUUAGUGGGUAUACAUACCGAGGACGAGCUACCGAAAUUCCUUAGUGGUGAGAGCAUUGACCUCUCUGCUUUCACCGGCAAGAGGAGGAAAACCAGGGUAGAAGGUGGGGAAUCAAGCCCUGAAUUCCUCGAUGGCUGGUGGGGUACAUUAAAAAGGAGAAUACGGAGGUGGUUCCGGGAAGGGUAUUUCCUAGAUGUCACCGUUCUGGAAGACUGCGUUCGGGCAAAUGUUGGAGAUUUGACCUUCGAGGAAGCAUAUAAUCGAACGAAGCGGGUGCUCAACAUCACAGUGGCAACAACAGGACGUGGAGGGGUGCCCAACCUCCUUAAUUAUUUGACGGCCCCUAAUGUCUUGAUCUGGUCGGCUGCAGUUGCUUCCAACUCAUCCUCCUCGUCCUUAUAUGGACGCUCGAUUACUUUGAAAUGCAAGGAGCCAUCUGGAGCCGUCGUACCAUGGGCGGCAGCCUCGGAAACGACAUUUCGCCCAUGGACUCAUGCCUCAUACACCGAUAGAGACUCGCCAUUAGCUCGAGUCGCGGAACUAUUCAACGUGAACCAUUUCAUCGUCAGCCAAGCCAGACCAUAUAUAGCACCGUUCCUCCGAAGUGAUAUGCAUGGCCCUUCACCACUCUACACGCGGGGUGGGCGAACUUCGUUAACCGGGGGGCUCCUUCGACUCGUCACUAUGGAAAUCCAUCAUCGUCUGCAACAGCUAGACAGUCUUCAGCUCCUUCCUCUGUCGAUAAGACGUUUCCUAGUUGAUGAACAGAUUCCCGCGCCGUCUGUGACCCUCGUUCCUGAGUUGUCUGCUGGUGAUUUUGUGCGGCUACUUGAAACACCGACACAAGCGAGUCUGGACUACUGGAUUCUUCGAGGAGAAAAGAGUGUUUGGCCUGCUGUGGUUGCACUGAAGGUCAGAUGUGCGAUUGAAUCAGAGCUUGAUCGUGGAUACCAAUUCGUGAGGAGGAGAAAAGCGAACGGUUUGAGGAGGCGAGGCAGUGCAGUUGAUACUGCUAACGAGAAAGAAGAGAGAGAGCGAGAACGUGCUAAUAACGUUGGCUCGAAAUGGUAG